AACACCUCAAGUUUCAGAAGAAUCAUAUCAACGCUCAGACCCCGCGUGUACGGUACGCACCCUCGCUAUCGAAAAAGCUAUCCCUUUUUCAAAUUUUUGAAGAAGACUACAAAACAACAAAAUUUUACACCGAAUUUGCCCUCCAGUUUCUCCUUAAUUUGUCUCUAUCUCCAUUCUCUCUCAUCCUCCAGCUCUGGAGGUCCAAUGGACAUGGAGUCUUUCUCUCUGUAGGGUUUCUCUGCGCUUUUGACUUUCUCAUUCAAAUCAACACUUUCCUGGGAAAGUCUAGGGAUUUGAAAGGGGUUUUGAGAAUUAUUUUUUUGGGGGCCCUGAGAACGUAAGGUUUUGUUGAGGUUAUACCUUUUUUAAGGGAAAAAAGGAACAAAAUUAUUUGAAUUGAAAAUUUACCGUUUGAUUUGGAAAUGCCGGCUCGCCGGUCGAGGCCGGAGAAGCAUGAUGAGGCAAAGCAGCUCAGGCGGGACCCUUACGAGGUCCUUGGCGUCUCCAGGAACUCCACCGACCAGGAAAUCAAGAGCGCGUACCGUAAAAUGGCUCUCAAAUACCAUCCUGACAAGAAUGCAAAUGAUCCUGAAGCAGCUGAUAUGUUUAAAGAAGUUACAUUUUCCUAUAAUAUCUUAUCCGACUCAGAUAAACGACGCCAAUAUGACUCAGCUGGUUUUGAGGCUGUUGAAUCUGAAAGUCAAGAAUUGGAGCUAGACCUUUCAAGCUUGGGCACUGUGAACACAAUGUUUGCAGCACUUUUUAGUAAACUUGGCGUGCCUAUUAAGACCACUGUAUCAGCUACUGUCUUGGAGGAGGCACUUAAUGGCGUGGUCUCUAUUUGUCAACUUCCUCUGGGGCAGCCUCUUUCUAGGAAGGUUGAAAAACAAUGUGCUCACUUCUAUUCUGUCACAAUAACAGAAGAGGAAGCAAUGGCUGGCUUUGUCUGUCGAGUACAAUCCUCUGACAAAAGCAAGUUCAAGUUGUUGUAUUUUGAACAGGAAGGAAAUGGUGGACUGAACCUUUCUCUACAGGAGGACAGUGCCAAAACUGGAAAGGUUACAUCUGCUGGAAUGUAUUUCCUUCGAUUUCCUGUUUAUCGGUUGGAUCGGACAAACUUGAUUGCAGCGGUAAAGGAUGCUGAUGCUGCCUUCUUCAAGAAAUUGGAAGGUUUUCAGCCAUGUGAAAUAACUGAACUGAAGCCUGGCUCACAUAUUUUUGCAGUCUAUGGUGACAAUUUUUUUAAGAGUGCAAGCUAUUCGAUAGAAUUUCUCUGUGCUGCACCUUUUGUGGAAGAAAAGGAAAAUCUCAGAGAUGUGGAAGCUCAAAUUCUUACAAAAAGGGUAGAGAUCUCCAAGUUUGAAACUGAAUACAGAGAGGUGUUGGCACAAUUUACAGAAAUGACAAGUAGAUAUACAAAAGAAAUGCAAGAGAUAAAUGAGCUUCUUAAACGAAGGAAUGAAAUUCAUGCCACGUACACAACUGCUCCAUCAACGAAGCGGAGUACAAGUAAGAGCAGGAAUAAGAGCCCCUUCAGAGAGAGCAAAGAUGGACAAUUGAGAGAUAAGAAACCUUCAAUGAGGGAUAGAGCUAAAAAAAAGAAAUGGUUCAAUAUCCGCUUAAAAGUUGACAAGAGAAAGCCUUGCUAAGUAUGAUGGUUGUGGGAAGCCGAGUCAUAUACACGGGACAACCCUAUCAUCUGUGCUCAUUAAUUUGUUCUGAUGGUUUGAUGCUCUGCAAGAAAUUAAGAGGUUAAGCAAUUCCUUGACCUAAUUCUAAGUAAUGAUGAAGUGCAAAUCAUUGGUAUUGCGGAAAUGCUCCAUGUCUUCACUUUUACAGGAUGACGGCAAUUCAUUGCUAUUGUAAAAUUCCCCCUUUUUUCCCACUGUAUCAGUCAUUUCUGUUAGUUUUUUGCUCAGAUUGUAAGCAAACGUAUCUGUAAAUUUGCACAACUUAUUCAUGCAGAUCCUUUCAUCAGCUAAUGGGAGAACGAAAGAGUUGACAUUUAUGUAGACAUGUUUUGCAACGUUCGAACUCUGGACAGUGAUCUGUUUGAUAGUUUGGCCACUUCUUUGCAAUGCUGGAAGUGGCCAUUUUCUUUC